AUGGCAAUGGCAGUCGACUCCCGUCAGCAAUCCCAGCUUAAUGGCAUGGGUUACGAUCACUUGCGAUACCCAGCACCGCACUUUACCAAUCCAUGGGCGCAGGCUCCUGGUACCGCAGAGCAGCACAUGUACUCGUCCUCGGUCGCACCCAACGUAUCAUCGGCACUCGAGAGUCAAACCCAGGCCAGGCCUACCAGCAUCGCGAUCCCAUAUCAUGGUAUUCCAGUGACAGCUGCGCCUCUCGGAACAGGUAUUGCUCUCUCGGAUGGAACUCUUGUGACAGAAAACUUACUCCAUGUCUCUCAAGAUCUAAUGUCGCGGAGUUACUCCAACGCAUACACGUCAUCUGCCUCGCCAAGUCAUCCGACAUAUGCGCCUACUUCGGCUCCUUACUCUCAGGUUGAAUAUGGAAACACAGAGCGAGGUCUAUAUCCAUAUCAGCAGGAUGCUUCUCGUCGCUCUUCACACCCGUCAGUCCCCUCCGCCGCGUUCUAUGCCAACUCUAUGGAGGCCCAGCGACACCGCCAAGGUUCACUUGUUGACUUUAGCAGACUUAAUUCACAACCAGCUCCGCGCAACAGCUUCAGCGAUGCACUUGAUGCCAGCCGCGGGAUGGUUUCCCUGAGCCAGUCCGACAUCACCCCGAGGAAUAUCUACGGCACAUCUACUCGCAGCUCGACCGACUCUUAUGGUUUCCCAACGCCCCACUCUGCGCACUCAUCGAUAUCAUCAGCGAGUUACGGCCACAACGGCUACUAUGCUGGAGAGGGGUCUGUGACUGAUUACAGCUCUGCAUCCGAGUCUGUCGACCUCACAAACUCACGGACACUCCCACGACCCAGUGCGCUUCUGGGCGCAAACAUGCCUCCUGCGCCGCAGUCCAUGAUGAGUCAGUUCAGCUCAAAAGUGUCUUCCAGCUCGCAAAAGAAGCACAAGUGCAAGAUUUGCGACAAGCGAUUCACGCGCCCAAGCUCCCUGCAAACCCACAUGUACAGCCAUACCGGAGAGAAGCCAUUCGCUUGCGAAGUUGACGGUUGCGGUCGCCAUUUCUCUGUCGUAUCGAAUCUGAGACGUCACCGAAAAGUGCACAAGAACGACGGCACCCACGAUCAUCCAUCACCAGAUGAUGCCAAGUUUUCCGACCAUUGA